AUGCCGCCUUCUGAGCGGAGCCCACUUUUAAACAAAACGGCGGUUGUCGAUGAAGCAGUGCCCGAAGAGUUAGACGAUGAUCUUUUAGAUUUGCCCUCCAUGGUACGCCAAACGGCGUACCUUGUUGAUAACCCCAAGAUCCACGUGGCUACGUUUCGGUUUUUCGUACUAGCAGCUAUCUUCAUCAUUCCUGGUGCAUUUAUUGACACAGUCAACCUGUUUCGGACAACACUGGCAGCGUACUCUAUAUUUUUUGUUCAGAUCGCCGCCCACUGGGCAGGACGUGCCAUGGCACGUCAUCUACCCAAACGGCAAGUGGGGAUAGGCAGGUUCCUGUUCAACUUGAAUCCGGGUCCGUGGUCCGUGAAAGAGACCGCCCUUGUGACAAUUGCAGCCAAAAGUGGUGCCACAGGAAAUUUGGCUACAAACGCCUUGGCCAUGGUAGAAGUUUAUUUCAAGACUCGGGUUCCUGCAGCAGCAGCAAUUGGCAUUAUGGGAGCAAUCGUCUUUGUCGGAUACUCAUACGCUGCUAUCGCGCGGCCCGUAGUCAGUUAUGACCCACAGUUUCUGUGGCCACUGGCACUUAUGCAGACAGCUCUUCUCCGAAGUCAGGAGGAGGGCGAUAGAAGUGGCGAGAAGGCGCAGGGUUCAGAGAGUGCGAGUUUCAGCGAAGUGGAUGGAGAAAGAACAGUUUUGCCAGAUAACGUGAUAAGGAAGAAACUGCCUUUCGAAUCGGGGGAAGACGAUGGUAGCUCUGAUAUUUUGAAGGCUAACACGCAAUGGGGUAGGGAUCAGGAGACUGAUAGCGCAGACAAUGACAGUUUGAGUGAUAUAGACAGAAAAGUUCCUCAUGUACAUGUGAAAGCAACCAAAUCCGACAGCGACUCAAGUGAUACAGAAGCGGAGGACUUUCACAAUGGCUGGUCCACUCAGGGAGUCUUUUUCAUUUGCGCUGCUGCUCUUUGUUUGUGGCAGGUUCUUCCCGAGUUUUUCUUUCCAAUGACGCUGUCUCUCGCAGUAUUAUGUUAUAUCGCGCCUCACAACGAAGCAGUUAAUUUCAUAGGACUGGGAUUGGGUGGUAUGGGUGUACUCAACUUUCUGCUUGACUGGGCAAACAUUACAUCGCUGGUUUUGCUAUAUCCAUACUGGCUUCAAGUUGUACAGUUUGUGGGCUUUGUUGCGUCUGCAUGGGUCUUGAUCCCGGUAGCCAAAUGGACAGGUGUAGUAGGAUACAAGUAUGGUCUUAUGUCUAACAGCCUUUUCACAGGUGAUGGUCUCCCAUACCCCGCAGAACGACUUGUGACAUCUACUGGCGCUUUCAAUGCUACAGCAUAUGCCCAUUAUGGCCCGGUGCACUUAGGAGCUCAGCGUUCGUGGAAUAUGUUUUUUGACUACGCGGCAUAUGUUUCUGGUGUUGUUUGGGUCGUGGUUUUCGGUUGGAAACAACUUCGGCAUAGUUUUGCGAAUAGCAGACAAGCUCAGGGGUCGAAUCGCUUUGACGACCGUCUCAACCGCCUCAAUAGGGUGUAUCACGAUGUACCCACGAUAUACUACAUGGUCAUGUUUCUUCUAUCAAUCCUGGUACUCGGCGCAGUGCAUUGGGCAGGUUACCUCUUUGUGCCUUGGUGGACUAUUGUUGUGGCUUUGGGAGUGGGUCUGAUAAUUGUGACACCCUUAAUGUGGAUGUAUGCGCUCACAAACUUUCAACUCCCCAUUGGUACCUUCAAUGAGCUUCUUUAUGGGCUUUUGGUGCAGAACCAGACAACGAAACACCCCGCUGGAGCUGCAUUUUUCGGCUGUGUUGCUGGAAAUGCUUGGUACCGUGCACAGCAUCACUUGGAGCUGAUGAAGUUCGGGUUUUAUACUCAUCUACCUCCUCGACUCAUCUUUUUGGCACAGAUAUAUGGCGAGAUCGUGGGAAUUCCAGUCAACUAUAUUAGUUUGCGGUGGGUAUUGGCGUCAAAGUGGAAUUAUUUGACGGGUGCAGCAACUGAUCCCCUUCAUCAGUGGACUGCCCAGAGUUUGGUAGGUUACCAUACUAAUGCCAUCCAGUAUGUGGUUCUUGGGCCUGCACGGCUCUUUGAAAACUAUCCUCUCUUACCUUACGGAUUUGUGCUUGGGCUUGUUGCGCCCAUUAUUGUUUAUGGUCUUCACAAGCGAUUCAAAAGAAGUCCGCUUCGCUUGGAACUCUGGAAUACAACCGUGCUCUUUUCAUCGAUGAGCCACUUUUACGGAAACAUCUCUACAGGUUAUUUUUCCAAGUUUAUUGGGGCUUCAAUAGUGCUGUUAUACUAUUUCCGCCAUCGUCCUCGCUUAUGGCGUCGCUAUAAUUAUUUGGUGGCUGCAGCUCUUGAUACAGGCUAUAAUUUAUCGCUUACCAUAUUAUUUAUCGUUGCAUGGCUUGGUUUCCGUGCCCCUGUGUGGUUUGGAAAUGAUCCUCGAAGUGUGGAACGUUGUUUUGCAUUGAACUGA